UGUACUGGAACCUCUAAAAACAAAUUUAUUCAGCGUUUUUAUUAUUGGAGAUACCUGAAAAUAUUUAGCACCACAACUGUCAACAUCCAGAUUUUAUUGAACUGAGGACUGUGGUACUCCAUACAAGCUUAUUUCAAUUCUAACCGGAUACUGCAGACUCAAGCGACUCCGCCUGAGGAAAUCAAGAGAUCUUGUAACCAGCAAGAUGACGCGAUCGCGAGACUCCGACGAUGAUGAGACCGAUUCAGUGCUGAAUCGCACUAAACGGAAGACGGAGACCGAAGAACAAGCCGAGGAUCAUCCCGAAUUUUCUGAAAGGCAGGAUGAAACGGGGAAUUUCGAAACAUUUGUCAUCUUGAAGAACAAAAAAAAGAAUCGGAAGCUUUUUGCUAAUUUUGUCCUCCACCUAGACUACCUACUGAUCUGCCAGUCGGAGCCAGCACGGGGCGGAUGGCGGGUGACGGUUGUCAGCUCCUCCGCCAGGAAGCAGAUUGUAUUGGCUGUUCCCUCCAGCAACCUGGCAAACGCCGAGGCUUUCGAGAGAUACCUUAGAACCGACGCUGAAUUAGCAGCGCGCGGCGUGGCUAUUAGUGAACGGAAGUAUUACAAAGAAUACAUAAUGCAGAAGCAAAAGGAGUUCUAUGUGAAGCACGGCCAGUCCCUCGACAAAAACAUUGUCAAAAAACUCGGCAUGCAACAUGAUGGCAGAACAAUUAUUCUUGGCCCCAAUUCGAUUGGUACGUACACCGGAGACGACGAAUCCAUGGAGUACCAUCCAUCAACUUUUCCGGGCAGCCAGUUUUAUUGGGACAAUUCAGUGGGCCUACCGGAUUUUGCUGCAAAAUUUGGUGGUCACGGUUCCGAGAUGUUUCUUUUAAUCAAGGAAAAUUUUUCAAGUGAUUUUGCCUUGAAGUUUUGCUCGUUACUGGGGGCGGUAUUGGAACCACUUCACGAUUCGAUGAUACGAAAUGACUUGUCUCUUGCCGUGCCGGUUUUGUGUAUUUUCGGCGACACUAGAUGUUUCAAAUCGAAAAUGUGCGAAUGGGCAUCAUCUAUUUUGGGCUACCUCAAUGAUAAGGUCAGCGCAUUCAGUCAGAUGAAUUUUAACCGGACCACAUGGGCUGGUAUAAAUAUCGUCAACCAAAUCCAUGAUUUUGCCGUGUUCUGUUUUGACUUGGACCCUGAUACUAUGGUGAAGAUGGAGCUGAGGGUCAAGCAGUCAUUCGAUGGCGGUAGUUCCGUUACGAACAACGGGAUCAAAGAUGCCGGAAAUCCGUUAAUAUUUUGCUCCAACAAAAAGCCGAUGCAUGCCUUUUUGAACGGAAUUGAAGAAUCCACACGGGAGCGGCUUGUACUUUUCGAACAACCCAAUCCGUUGCGAGACGGCAUCGUUUUCACCCAAGAACUCAAGACAAAGUUCAACGAAGCCCGACGGAAUUUUUCGAACAACCUUACUGUGUUGGCCAAUCCAGCGUCGAAUAACCCUAUCAAAAGAAUUUUGAAACACCAUUUCGAAGAUUUUCGAAGCCGUUUCACAGAUAUUUUGGCAGAAAGUGGAUUAGGAUUGCAACGUUAUAGGCUCGCGGAGUCAUAUGCGCUUUACGCAGCCUUAGGAACUGCUAUAUAUCAUACUCUGGAUGCUAGCAGCGGAGGCACGACGUCCAUUGAAACCAUCAAAAGCAUGUACACAAAGUACUUCCAAAAUUUUCAAUGCCGCACUAUUCUGCAAAUCCAACUGAGCAAUGAGCCAUCACUGGAUAGUCCUUUCGGAGGCGUAGCCAGUCAUUUCGUUGAGCUUAUGGUUGCUUACAUGCAAAUUAAACAGGAUUGGCAUAAAGCAUUAACAUGGCCAGUUAAAAACAAUUCCCUGGAAAAGGAAUGCGUCGGCGUUAGGCUUACCCACGUUUAUGCUUUUUUGAAAAUCAAAGAAGCGGUCAAUGAAGUCCUUGCACCACUUCUGAAAAAAUGUCCCGAGGAAGCAAUGGAACUGUGGUGCAGUGGGACAGUGAACGGCAGAAAGAAGACGCUAGCGAGCACCGUGAAUGGGUUCUGUGAUGGGAUACCUUAUCAUGGGCGUUUAAUCCCAUUGGAGUACUUCUCUAGCAGCUGGAUUCUCGUGGAGAACGAGGCUAGCCGUCAAAACCAUAUUCCCAAAGAAUUGAAGUGCUUUUCUACGAAACAAGCUCAGAAGCGGGCAAACUCCAAAGCACUUCCAAUAACCGGCGCGGAAGAAAGCGAAAAAACGGGAACCCCAAAAGAAUCGGACACAUCGGGCGCCUCGGAUCCUGCGCCUCGACAGCCGGAUUUGAAUGAUGACAGUGGUACACCAGCGGCGCAAUGCAACGGGAAUGGAGCUGUCUUGAAAUCCUCCAGCACUGCGACAACAACGAAUACACUUGUUCCUCGACAGCCGGAUUUGAACGCUGGAAGUGAUGCAUUUGUGGCGGAAUGCAGCGGAAAUUCUACAGUCUCGCGUCUCUCGGCUCAAGAAACGGUUUGUCCCCCAAAGCUGCCGGCAAGCGAGCUAGUAGUUGCAGAUGACAUUGCAAAAACAAUGGAAAUCUUUGGCCUAGGUGACAACGCAGCGACUACCUGCAGCACGAGCGUCAUCCCGAACGGAAGACGCGUUCUACGUAAACCGAUGCAAUCUUCUAGCGAAAUUGUUACACCAAAAGAAAAAGAACAGAGGAAGGCCGUCUGCGGGGUCUGUGAGAGAACGAAGCCUGGUUCUGCUAGAAAAGCAGGAGCAAUGUUGCUGUGCCGAAAAUGUCUGAAAUGGAUCCACAAAAUCUGCACUGGACUGUCUUCCGCUGAUUACGAGCUUUAUUCCACAGGAAAUAUGAAAGGAUCGUAUACUUGUGCUAACUGCUGAUUUUU